AUGAGGAAUCUUAUACCAAGCACCCUCCUUCUCCUCCUCCUCCUACUGUUGGGGACCUUGGACCGGACCGGGUAUUGUGCAGGUUCACACUGGCUACAGACUUUCAACACUGUGAUUUUGGAGCCUGGAAUGACAGAGCCCCGGUUGAUCCAGGUCAGCUAUGUAGACUCCAUCCAGUUUCAGGGAUUCGACAGCGAAGCUCCCAAUGCGAGUAUGCAACCUCGGGCUGCUUGGAUAGAGCAGGAGCCACCUGAAUAUUGGGAGAAGGAGACAACACAAGUCGUGAGCCUGACACUGUCAAAAGGACGGAUUCUUAGGUAUAUAGCGAAUGAAAAUCGACACAGUAAGAAUGAUUAUCGCACCCUGCAGGAAGUUUUUGGCUGCAACUUGGCAAAUGAUGGGACCUUCCUCCGAGGUGAUUACCGGCUCACCUAUUAUGACUACGAUUACGUCACUCUGAAUGAGGACAUGAUCUCUUGGAGUGCAGAAGGCGAUACAGCUAAAAGUUUGUUAAGCAUGUGGGAAACUGGAGGAGUGGGAGAAAGCUGGAUGACUUACCUGAGAGGAACGUGCUCAGAAAGGCUUCUUAGAUUCCUGGAACUUGGAAAGAAGACUUUGCUGCGCUCUGAUGCCCCCAAAACACAUCUGACCCACCAAGUAAGACCUGAUGGCAAUGUCACCCUGAGGUGCUGGGCCCUGGGCUUCUACCCAGCUGACAUCACCCUGACCUGGCAGACUGAAGGGAUCAACCACACCCAGGACAUGGAGCUCCCAGACACCAGGCCUGCAGGGGAUGGAACCUUCCAGAAAUGGGCGGCAGUGAUAGUUCCUUCUGGAGAGGAGCAGAGAUACACGUGUCAUGUGCACCAUGAAGGGCUCCCUGAGCCUCUCACUCUGAAGUGGGAGCCUUCAACAACCAUCCCCAUCAUGGCAAUUCUCAUCGGCCUGAUUCUUGGGACUUUGGUGAUAGGAACUGUGGUGUAUCUUGUGGUACGGAAGAAAUAA